AUGUCUUCUAACCUCAUGGACACUGAGCCCGGUGGCCGCAACACGCAGUACGAGUCCAUCAAGACCGUCACCAACCCUACCGCCAAGGAGCCGGGACAACUAGGUCACGGUUUAUCCACCACCGCCGACGCACCCAGCUCCGGCUCCGGCUCGACCCACCACAAGACGGCCAACGCGGCCACGCAAGUCUCGCCGGCCGAGAAGAUCCGUUUCGGCCAGGCGAUCUCCGAGGAAGGCGGCAUGACGGGCUACACCGACCCGGCGGUGGCAGGCACCGGCCACGCUGCGCAUGAAGGUGGAUUCGGUGGCACGGAGGCCUUGGUCGAAGGGGGAAGUGAUGAAGCGCAGAGGAGGAAGGCGCAGGGGUAUGGUGGGAAGGCGGAUAUGGAUGGGGGUGUUGGUGCGUGA